GUGUCAGAUCUGGAUUCCCAGCUGAAAUCAGCGUGCGUUAAAGCAUAAGCCGAUCGACUGUCAGUAGUGCCUAGCUCUUUUCAUACAUAUAUCCGCCUCGACAAGCUUUUUCCCCACAAUCUGGUGUUCGUCGUCCUACUUUACUUCUUGUGUCUCUCAAUGUCGUGGAAAGAAUGCUUUACUCGAGCUCCGGCAAGAUUAAGAGAGCCUCGGCUCCAAAGUCUCGGAACGGUUGUCAAACAUGCAAGGCAAGGCGGGUGAAAUGUGAUGAACAACAUCCCGCUUGCAAAACCUGUCUCAAAUCAAAUAGAGACUGCACAUGGAAGCAAAACAAACCAAAGUCUCAACGGAUCCUCAUACCUCAGAACGCAGAUCAACUGAGUCAAACCCGACCUUCAGAAACACUUCUCUUUAUCGAUCCAAGAGAGGCAUCCUACUUCAAGGCGUACCAAGAAGAUGCUGCUCCGGAGCUAUCUGGCCUCUUGAGGUCAUCUGUUUGGAGUUACACAAUCCUCCAAGCAUGUUACCAAGAACCGUUUGUACUUCGAGCCGUGGUAGCCGUCGGUGCACUCAACAAAGCGAUCAAGACCGAGUACAUGGUAUCCAUCAGCUCACCAUCCACGAAGGAGUCAACUCAGGCACUCGCACAACAACAUCGAGCAUUUGCAUUGGCAUCGUACGACAGAGCCAUCCUAGGCAUGAAGCAGAUCAUGCCAGAACCGAAGAAAUGUUCUUCAUUACGGAAAGCACUAUUGGCAUGUCUACUCGUCUACUGCAUGGAAAUAUUCCUCCAAUCCCCAAAUACCGCUUUCUAUCAAACGCAAGCAGGAUACUCCCUCCUCCAGGAAUGGAUAUCACAAAAGUCCCAACGGAAUCUAGGUAUACAAUCACCUGAUUCUACUGUCAUCGAAGACGAUAUCUUCUACGAAUUCGCACGAACAGACCUCCAACACGCCAUCCGCUGGGGAGAAAGGGACCUCAUCCGGCACUCCACCCGCCGCCAAGAAGGCACCCUCACAAUAAAGAACAUGCCCACCCGCUUCACCGACCUCGAGGAAGCCCGCGUCUACCAAGAACUCCUCAUGCGCCGCACCUUUCACCUAAUCGGCGAGACCCUCGCCAGAAUAAUGCUCGCCAAAACCGAAAUCCGGCAUCCCUUCACCACCGACACGCCCGGAGAACUCGUCGACCCGUGUAGUAUCCCCAAGACCCUCCUCCCAGAGCGCGAUCAAUACAUAUCCGACAUCCACCGCUGGUACAACGCCUUCACGCCCAUCUUCGCCAAACUCCUCCGUUCCCCCGAUCCCCUCAUAUCCUCCUCCGCCGCUCUCCUCCGCCUCCUGCUACUGAACGCGGAAAUCCGCCUCGCAGGCACCUUCUUCGUGCUCGAAACAGACUUCGACGCCUACCUCCCGCACUUCGCCGAAAUAGUCUCCCUAUCCAAGCACGUAGCCGCCAAACAAACACAACUCUACCCCAAAAACCAACCCGCCUUCCUCUUCCCCGACACCAUCGACCGACCCCUCUGCGACGUCGCGCUCACCUGCCGCGACCUCCCCACCCGGCACGAAGCCCUCUCCAUCCUCCGCUCCACCGCGCACCGGGACCCGACCCGGAACCAAGCCCGGAUGGUAACCCGGGCCUCCUUCCUCGUCUCUCUCGAGGAAGCAGAUCGGUUGCCCGACGGAUCGCUGCCGGAACGUAAACGGUGGCGCUUAAUCUGGGUCCUGAACCAUUACCGCGAGGAGAAAAAACACCUUACGCUGAUAGCGGCGCGCCGGAUCGGGUUUCCGGUUGGUGAGAACUAUCCCGCGAAGAGGGAAUAUGCACGACGGACGUUUACCCAGGAGGAGGCGGAGGAGAUGGAGUGCGGUGCUUGGGACGAGGGUAUGCAUUUCGCGGCCUGGCCUCCCAGGGCUACGUUGAGGAUGCCGAGACCGCUGCAGUGGAGGGGGAUUUUUGAUCAGUUGACCGGGAAUGAGGGGCGACGAUCAAGGCUUGGUUAGGAUUGAAAUGUACUGUAACCUUAGAAUUGCCACAAUAUCA